GAGCGAGAGAAAGCAAAAGGGAGAAAAUAAAAUAUGGCGAAAAAUUCUACUGGCGGUCGAAGCACGGUAGCUCCGUAUUGAAAAGCGAUUUUCUAUGGUAAAAAGUGAUUGUACCCGUACCGAACGUGUGAAAAACGCAUCGCGAAUGCGGCUUGUUUGUUGCACGCAUAGACAAAAAUGCAGAAUGCUGAACAAUCCGGAGUGAAAAACCGGGAAAAAGUUGUAAAAUCAGUGAAUCAGCAGACUUCGUCGAAAUCGCAGCUGCAGGAGAGGCAGCAGCCUCCAUCAUCAUCAUCGUCGUCGUCUUCGUUGUCUUCAUCCGCAUCAACAUCAACGGAAGGAGAAGUGGCAAAGACAUUCGCAUCAGCUUCCCUCGGUGGAGCACCCAAAACUUCGUCAUCGCCACCAUCGAAACCAGCGAACAAUAGCAACAGCAGCAACAACAGCAGCACAAUCGGUGGUGGUAGUAGCAGUAACAGCAGCAGCAGCAGCAGCAGCAGUAGUGGUGGUGGUGUCGGCAAUAGUGGCAAAAGUGGUGUGAAAAGCAGUGGUGGUGGUGGAAGUGGUGCUGCUGGUGCUACUAUCGUCGCCGACGUCGUUGUUGCUGGUGCGGGUACCACUUCCUCGACUGUUUCGCCGCCAUCGUCAUCAUCAUCGGCCUUGGGUGCAGGAAAGAAUGUUGAUGACGAAACGGGAACGGUCGUAGAAGCAUCGACGCAUCCCUUGCUAACGUCGGCGGAAGCGGAAGACAACGCUGUGUCCGGGGCGCUGGGUAGGCUCACGCUUGGCCCAGCCGGCACAGCGACCGGCGCUGUACGCUCCGCGGCCUCCGUCGGGGUCGAAUCGGGUCGAUCCCAACUGGACGGUGGCAGCGUGAUUUGUAAAAACAUUUCUAAAAAUAAUGGUAAAACAAUGUCGUCAGCUCAGAGUUCCACAACGGCAACAAAGCCCUCUUCUGCGCCAUCGCACGCCCCAGACGCUGCUGGACGAGAUGGUAGCAGCGGCGGCAAGCAAACUAACACCAACAACAGCGAUGGCGAUGGGGGUAAAACCGCAGGAGGCGUAGGAGGAGGUACCGGAAAUGCGGCCGCAGCGUCGAAGCCGGUUACCGCCGCUGCAGGUGCGCCUCCUGGCCAGUGCGCUCACAACAUCAACAGCAAACCAUCAGCGACCAGCAACAGCUCGUCUCCCGCCAAGUCGGAUACCGAGACCUUCUCCGAGAUACAGCCUCGCGUGUCGGACUCGUCAGAGUCGGAAGAGGAAUCGGUGUCGGAGAUUUUGCUGGCUUGCCUAUGUCUAAGGCCAGAUCUGCUGGUUGACGACUUCGCGCUAGAUCAGCAAUCGAUCGAAAUUCCGGAAACGGAAUGUUCCGACAGCUGCGAGAAUGAUGUCGAUAUGGAUGAGUCGGACAGUUGCGACAACGAUGCCGACGAUAAUGAAGAUUCCGACGAAGAGGACGAAGAUGACGAUGACAUGGUUCAUAGUACGGCACCCGGAAAGUUUCUCUUAGAGAACGAUGACGAUACCGACCAUGAACGAGACGAAGCAGCGCAUGCAUUGACGCGAAUGAAAUCCAGCGAUGGCAGUCCAAGGGAUAAGAAUUUGCUAUCGCGUUCGCUGAUUGCGGCCUGCACUGAUAACGACGUAAACACUGUCCGGCGACUGCUUGUCGAGGGAAAUUCGCUGAACGAAGCGACCGAAGAGGGCGAUUCUUUGCUAUCGUUGGCGUGUUCCGCCGGCUACUACGAACUGGCACAGGUACUGCUGGCAAUGUCUGCACAGGUUGAUGAUCGUGGUCAAAAGAACGACUGCACACCGUUGAUGGAAGCUGCGUCGGCUGGUCACGUUGAUAUCAUUGAGCUGUUGUUCAAGCACGGUGCAGACGUGAAUGCGCAGUCUUCCACCGGCAACACACCACUCAUGUACGCCUGUGCCGGGGGUCACGAGAAAGCGGUGAAGUUGUUGUUGGAUCACGGUGCCAAGGUGGAGGACCAUAAUGAAAAUGGUCAUACCCCGCUGAUGGAAGCCGCCUCUGCUGGUCAUGUUGGAGUGGCUAAGAUCCUGCUGGAACAUGGUGCCGGAAUUAACACCCAUUCGAAUGAGUUUAAGGAGAGUGCACUGACCCUCGCCUGCUACAAGGGCCAUCUAGAUAUGGUGCGCUACCUUCUGGAGGCUGGGGCAGAUCAGGAGCAUAAGACCGACGAAAUGCACACGGCUCUGAUGGAAGCGUCCAUGGAUGGGCACGUGGAAGUAGCGCGGCUGCUGCUGGACUCGGGGGCACAGGUGAAUAUGCCGACGGACUCAUUCGAAUCUCCGCUCACGCUCGCAGCGUGUGGCGGACAUGUCGAUCUGGCUAUGCUGCUAAUCGAUCGCGGAGCUAACAUCGAGGAAGUGAACGAUGAAGGCUAUACUCCGCUGAUGGAAGCCGCACGUGAGGGUCAUGAGGAAAUGGUGGCAUUAUUGCUACAACAGAAUGCGCAGAUCAAUGCUCAAACUGAAGAAACUCAGGAGACGGCUCUUACGCUAGCGUGCUGCGGAGGCUUCAUCGAAGUGGCCGAGUAUCUCAUCAAGAAUGGUGCAGAUAUCGAGCUCGGUGCAUCGACGCCGCUAAUGGAAGCUGCCCAGGAGGGUCAUAUCGAUCUUGUGCGCUUUCUGCUGCAGCACGGUGCAAACGUACACGCCCAGACGCAGACGGGCGAUACCGCGCUGACGUACGCGUGUGAGAACGGCCAUACGGAAGUGGCAGACAUCCUGCUGAACUACGGUGCCGAGCUGGAGCACGAAUCCGAGGGUGGCCGCACGCCGCUAAUGAAAGCCUGUCGGGCUGGUCACUGGUGCAUUGUGAAGUUCCUGAUUGAAAGGGGAGCGGAUGUGAAUCGCCACACCACCAACAACGACCACACGCCACUAUCGCUCGCUUGCACCGGCGGUCACCAGAAUGUGGUGGAACUGCUGCUGAAGAAUGGCGCAGAUCCGUUCCAUCGGCUGAAGGACAGCAGCACCAUGCUGAUCGAAGCGGCGAAGGGAGGCCACAUAGGAGUGGUUCAACUGCUGCUCGAUUUUCCUCACUCAUUGAUGAACGCUAAUGCUGCCCAGCAGCAGAACAUACUCAGCAGCGGUCAAAUGCAGCAACUGCAGCAACAGCAGCAGGUGCACCAGCAACAGCUACAGCAGCAACAUCAGCAGGCGGCACAGCAGUUGAUCAUUACGCAGAACCACCAGCAGCAGCAUCAACUGCAGCAAGCUCAACAGCAGCAGCAGCAGCAGCAGCAACAACAGCAGCAGCAGCAGCAGCAGCAGCAGCAGCAGCAGCAGCAGCAGCAGCAGCAGCAGCAACAGCAGCAACAGCAACUGCUAGCUGGUCCACCCGGGCUGCGCGAGGUUCCUGAAGCAAUCCGAGUAAGCAACAAACAGAUUUUCCAACUGCCAAGCAAGGAAAUGCUCGAACAGCAGCAGCAGGUACAAGCGCAGGGUCAACCGCAACAGCAGUCUCAGCAGGCAACGCUGCAGCAGCAGCAGCAGUUGCAGCAACACCAGCAAUUGCUUGCCAACAGCCAUCAGCUGAUCAAUCAGGCAAACAUGCUGCUGGACAGUAGCGGCAACGAUACUUCCGUACUGGCACAACAUCUGCUGGAAAUUCAGGACUCUUCAAUAUCGAAGGACAGCUUUUUCGAGGAUUUGCGCAAUGGCUUUCGCACGCGGGCCCGCCGCAUGAACACCGUACCGGCGGGAUCUGCUACCUCCUCGGCAAUACCGCCAGUUGCUGGACAGCAACAGCAACAACACGAUCAGGCCGCUGUCGCGCAGCAACAGUUGAUACAAUACUUGCACCAACAUCAGCAGCAGGCGCAGCAGCUGCAAGCAGCGCAGCCAAUUAUUUUGCAAGGCAACAACGUCGUUACCCAGCAGCAACAGCAGCAGAUGGUCGGUAACAACAACAAUGCAGCGGGGUUGAGCGGUGGAAACAAGCAGCAGCGUAGCUUGCUGCGCAAAAAACAACAGCAACCAUCAGUGGCACUGCCUUCGCCGUUCGAGGCAAACCUUACCAGUUCCGAGGCACAGCAGGUGCGAAGCGAACCCAUUGGGGAGGAUAACAAAGGCAACUGCAGUGCUGGUGUGAGCAACGUUUCGCCGCUGCAGCAACAGCCAGCACCCCGCGUCAGCAAUGUGGCGAUGCGAUCUGAUUAUGAACAGUAUCAGAAGCAGAUGAACGAGAUCCAGUUCCAGAAGAAGGCGAAAAUACAAUUCAUCAGUGAUGCUAAAGGUCCACCAUCGACUCUUUUGCCACCAACGGAAACAUACAUCAAUCUAGGCACACCCGUUCAAGCUGGUAAAACAUCAAUCGACGGCAACAGUGGGCUGCUCUUUGGAACGCCAUUGCAAACCAACUUGCCUCAAUCGCAACAGCAGCAUCUUCAGCUAGCAACAAUAGCUGCUAAUGCCGCUGGCGCUUCGGUUGUAUCCACCGGCACUUCCGUCAGUCCGGCCACCGGAGGGACCAGCAGUGGUACACUCUUGACCGGCCCUUCGGAAGUGUCACAAAGCACUGCCAUCAGCGAUCGUCCAAAGGUUAAGCCCGUGUCGAAGAAAGAUGCCAAGAAUAAUCGCAAAACUGCGGCAGCAGCAGCCGCGGCGGCAGCGGCAGCUGUAGCAACUGCCACGGCCUCCGUACAGCACACUCUUGCACAGCAGCCGCAGCAAUCAUUUUUCAGGCCGCUGGCGGGUAACAACUCGUCCGGCGGUAGUGGCAAUUCCACCAGUGUCCUACAGCAGAACCCAAUGGUGUCAAUUUAUAACAACUUGUCCUCUGUGAUUCCAAGUUCCGAAGCGAAUGUGCAAAUGUUGCAACAAUCGAUGGCAAACUUGAAUCUGCAGUCACAGUCAUCCAUAACGCCAUCCACCAUGCAGUCAGCACCAAUGCCAUCAAGUGGAAAACCCAGCGAAAAGAAGACGCCCGCGAAUGCAGGAGAGGAGCUGAAGAAGAGCGAUUCGGAUGGGGCAAAUGACACCGAAACGUUGGCAACUGCCAUCGCCGGGAGCGAAAGUGGCCGCAUGGUUCCUACGCCAUCCGCCAACCCGUCGGUUAUCACGAGCACCGCAGCAGCAGCAAAGCGUACAUCGGGCGGCCAGAACGACGAUGCCGGCAAAGGUCGAUCGGUCGAGCAAUUGUCUGCAGCGUCUUCCGCGCAAGAGGAGCGUAGUUCGGGCAUCUUACCGGCCGACGGUAACGGAGCAGCGGACAAAGAUGCAAAUGCAACCGGCACGUCUACUACACCCAGCAACGCAAACGCCGAGGGUGCUAGUGAUAGUGCGAGCAGCAGCAGCAGCAGCACGGGCGAAAGUGGCUCCACAGGCAGCGUUAACAGUAGCACCGUCGCCAGCAGCAGCCACUCUACGACGAGCACAACGAGCACCGAUGGUAGCAGCGUGCCGGCUGGCGAAGCUGGCGCUGGUGCCGACGGCGAAAGCAGCACCACCAGCAGUGGCAGCAUCAGUGCCGCCAGCAGUACCAGCAACAGCAGUGCCAGCAGUAGCGACAGCAGCACAACUACCAGCGGCAGCUGCGACAAUAACACCACUGCCCAAGGCGGAGAUGGAAGCACCGGUGCAGGUAAUGCCAAUGGUGAAGAAGAAGAAGAAGAAGAAGAAGAAGGAGGCACCGGCAGUGGUGGUAACGGCGGAACGAUGGCCAGCCUCGAUCCGGACAACCAUUUCAACCUUUUUGCGAUGGUCGAUCGUAAGUUGAUGCUCAAGCUCGCGCAUCGCUUGCUCUGCGAUACGUCCAAAUCGCCGACGGAAACGCCACCGCUGAGUAGCAGCUGCCCAGGGUCCAACCUAGACCCUCCCGCCUCCCCCCCGCCAGCGAUGAUGAACAAUGCCGAUAUUGAGUACUCCGAGCUGUCGCGCAUCAUCUGCAGUUUUAGUCGCUCGGACAUAUUGCCUGCCCCCGAAUUUGUGCAAGUGCAUCAGCAUAUGCAAAACAUUAUUCAGCAUAAGGGUGGUAGCAAUCCUAUCAAACUCGGCGAUUCGACCGACGGCCACCAGUAUGCCGAGGAAGGCGAGGAACACCUUCCGAUGUUUAACAUCGAGGAAUCUGAGGCAGACGGCAUGACCGAGUGUGUUGGCGGAAUGUAUCCAGCGCUGGACGAAACGCUGGAAACGUUCCACGGGGAGGACGGAACGGCCACGCAAGCGCACGGUUCGCGGGAAUCGAUGUACAACUACGAAUGGGUGGACAGCAUUGACGAUGUGAUCCAUGUGCUGAAUGGCUGCCCAGAAAUUCCAAUGGCACUGCAUGAUAUGGCUGCCAACUUCGGGUGUCAGGAUAUCGAUAUGUAUGCAAAUCUGAUCGGAUUAAAUUCGUUCUGCAAGACACGCUGGGCGGGCAACCAGAACCAGCUUACGUCUGGUACGUCGUCUCCAGCCGAGGAGGACGGCAGCGCGGUUGCCCUUACCGAUGAGCAGUGUGCGUACCGCCAAGGCCAAGCUGCCGCCAGCCAACUGCUGACGUUUGAUCCGCAACAAUUUUCAAUGGAUCAGAUACAGCUGCUGAAUCAAAUACACCAGGCAUCCGCCUCCGGAUCCGUAUUACAUCAUCCGCAAGCGAGCAGCGGUGCCGACGGGCAGCAACCAAAGCUUGUGUUUAAUGUCGAUGCAGAUAAAGCCUCGCAAGUGCAUUUGCUAUUUCAACUGCCGACUCUGCAAUCUCAGCAGCAGCAACAACAGCAGCAGCAGCUGCAGCAGCAGCAGCAGCAGCAGCAGCAGCAGCAGCAGCAGCAGCAGCAGCAGCAGCAGCAGCAGCAGCAACAACAACAACAACAACAACAACAACAACAACAACAACAACAACAACAAGAACAACAACAACAACAACAACAACAGCAGCAGCAAAUCGCGCAAGAUCAGCAGCAUGAUCAUCAUAUGACCAUGCUUCCGAACAGUGGCCAACAGCAGUCGCAAGGCCAGCAACAGUCACUAUCGCUGCAACAAGCGACUGGCCAGCAGCAGCAACAACAACAGCAGCAGCAGUGUAACAUUGCCACAAUGCAACCGCAUGCCGCUGCAGCAGCAGCCGCAGCAGCAAUUCAGCACGCGCAGCUGCAGCAGCAAUUGCAUGCGCAGGGAAUGGUCGCUGCCGGUCAUUCCGGUUCCGUCACAUUGCAGCAACAUCAACAGCAGCAGCGACAGCAAAUGCAGCAUCUACAGUCCCAGGCCCAGGGACAGCAGAUACAACAUUUGCAGUCGCAGCAGCAGCAGCAGCAGCAGCAACAACAGACACAGCAACAACAGACACAGCAACAACAGCACUGUUUGCAGCACGCCCAAAUGCAGGUCUCCACUCAAACAUCCCAACAGCAGCAGCAGCAAGUCGCAUCCACCAGAGCCGAAGAAGAAAUGCCCCCGCUGGUGAGGACGCAACACUUUGCGCUGAUGGAUAACAACCAGUCGGCGAAUGCUGUCGCUGGCGGUGGGAAAAUGGCCGGUGCCGGUGGUGGAAAAAAGGGAGAAAAGAAUCGCAAAGAGAAAAACCGUGUCGCCGUCCCGGCAGUUCGCCAGGCACCGGCCGGACAGCAGAGUGCUGGUGGCAGUGGACAGCUGCAAAACUAUCAAUACGAUACCACUGCCGGCAACGGGCGUUCGGUUGGAGGAGGGAUGGACAUACCGCCACCGAGCGGGGCCCUUCAGCCCUUCCACGCGGGUAAUGGUAUAUUGCCCCCGCAGGGUGGAACGGUGGUAUCGGAGCGUACGAUUGAUGUGGAUUCCGAAACGGAUUCGAACCACGACACCGCGCUAACGCUCGCCUGUGCCGGUGGCCAUGAGGAUAUGGUGGAACUGUUGAUUACCCGCGGUGCCAACAUUGAGCACAAGGAUAAAAAGGGCUUCACCCCGUUGAUACUGGCUGCCACGGCCGGGCACGAGAAGGUGGUGACUACGUUGCUGCGCAACGGGGCAGAGAUUGAGGCACAGUCGGAGCGAACGAAGGACACUCCACUCUCGCUGGCAUGUUCCGGCGGUCGGUACGAGGUGGUCGAACUGCUGCUUUGCAUGAACGCUAACCGCGAGCAUCGCAAUGUAUCCGACUACACGCCACUCAGCUUAGCUGCUAGCGGUGGCUACGUGAACAUCAUCAAGCUGUUGCUCCAGUACGGCGCAGAGAUUAAUUCGCGAACCGGAAGCAAACUCGGCAUUUCACCGCUCAUGCUAGCGGCAAUGAAUGGACAUGUGGCCGCCGUAAAGCUGCUGCUUGACAUGGGUUCGGACAUAAACGCGCAGAUCGAAACCAACCGCAAUACCGCGCUUACGCUGGCCUGUUUCCAAGGACGGCACGAAGUGGUAAGCCUCCUGCUGGAUCGCAAGGCCAACGUCGAGCACCGUGCCAAGACAGGCCUUACCCCCCUGAUGGAGGCGGCUUCCGGUGGAUACAUCGAUGUCGGACGGGUGCUGCUGGACAAGGGAGCCGACGUCAAUGCGGCGCCGGUCCCUUCAUCCCGCGAUACGGCACUUACCAUCGCUGCGGACAAGGGACAUCUGAAGUUUGUCGAGCUACUGCUGUCCCGUGGUGCUUUGGUAGAGGUGAAGAACAAGAAGGGCAACUCCCCGCUCUGGCUCGCCGCCAACGGUGGCCAUUUGGGUGUGGUGGAGCUGCUCUGCAGCGCCGGCGGAGACAUCGAUUCGCAGGACAACCGGAAGGUGUCCUGCCUGAUGGCUGCCUUCCGGAAGGGCCACACGAAGGUGGUGAAAUGGAUGGUAGGCCAGGUAACGCAGUUCCCGUCCGACCAGGAGAUGACGCGCUACAUCAAUACGAUCAGCGAGCAGGAACUGCUGGAAAAGUGUCACGACUGUGUGAAGGUGAUCCGCGCCGCCAAGGAUCAGCAGGCCACGAAGGCCAACAUCAACGCGUCGAUCCUGCUGAAGGAGCUUGAUCUCGAACGGUCUCGCGAGGAAAGCCGCAAGGCGGCUGCUGCCAAACGGCGCGAGAGGAAGAAGCGCCGUCGGGCGGAAAAGCGGGAACAGCAGCGCAAGCUAGAGAUGGGCGAGGAGGGUGCAGCGGGCGACGGGAACGACGACGAGGACGAGGAGGAGGAAGCCGAUGACGAUAAGGAGGAGGAAGAGGAGGAGGAGGACGUCGACAGUGAGCACGACGAGGACGAGCUGCUUCUUUCAGCUGUGAUGCAACAGCAAGCGUCUGGCGGUAAUAAAAAUAAAAACCGCGGUUCCAACCACACUGCCGCCCAGUCGCACGGUGGUAAGCAGCAGCAACAGCAGCAUCAGCAGCAGCAGCAGCAGCCGCUGAAUAAUCGUGAGAAAGAGAAGGAAGGCAAGGGCAAAGAAAAGGAAAAGGAGAAGCACAAGGAUACGGACAGGGAGAAAGGAAAGGAAUCCAAUCAAACUGCGUCCUCUUCCGCUUCGUCCGGUGGCAGCAAUCAGCGCCAGCAGCAACAGGGCGCAAAUGGGCAGCUGUACCAAUACCGACCGAUGUCGAUACCGUACCAGGUGCAGGAGGAAGGUGAUUCCGGCAUCGAUGCCAACAGUUUAGGUUCAUGCUCCAGCUCGGAGGUAAAGUCGUCCUCGAACAGCAACGCCCUGGAGCAGAAGAAAAACAACAAGAAACGCAAACAGCAGCAGCAACAGCAGCAACAGCAGGCACAAACAGCACGCGGAGCCAUUGCGUCCACCAAUGCUGCCGGUGCUGCAAGAGCGGCGAAGGCAGCAGCGGUUGCCAACGCUACCGUUGGAGGUAAGUCGUCCAACAAUGCGCAUCAGCAAAGCAGCAGCAGCAGCAACACAAACAACACCAACAACACCAACAACAACAGUCGUCAAUCCAAGAGCCCGGAAAGUGGUUCGGCACCAGCGUCUAACGGCAACACUGUAGUGCAGGAUAAAAACUCAAAAGAAAAGAAUCGACGUCAGCAGGAGAAAGAACAGCAGCAGCAGCAGCAGCAGCAGCAGCAGCAGCAAUACAGUGGAGGACGGGACAAGCGCGAAAAAACGACGGAGAAGGAAAAUGUCGCUCCGAAGGACCACGAGCGGUCGGGUGGAGUGGCAGCGAACACGAAAAACGAAAGCAAAAAAUCCUCUUCCAACGAUCAUCAUCAUCAGCAGGCGGGCAGUGUGGGAGGUGGAGCGAUGCACCACCAGUCUCACCAGAACAGCAAUGCGGCUGGUAAUCGCAAAUCCAUCAUCGUCUUUGGAUCCGGCAAUCGAUACGCUGCCGAACAGGGGGAUGACGCCAGCGGUAGUGCUAAUUUCUACAACACCACCAACGCUGGCGGAAAGAAAACGCACGGCAACAAAAGCAGCUUCUACAACACGGAGGACCAUGGUCAUCAUAGUAAACUAUCCUCAGCAAGUCCGAUGAAGCAACACCAGCAGCAGGCGGUGUCCAGUGGCACUUCUGCCUCGCAGCAGCAGAGCGCAAAUAGUUCGCAAUCCAACUCGGCGGGCGGCGCCAAGCGUGAGGAAGGCUGGAAGGAAGUCGUUCGCAAGAGCUCUGUACAGCAGGGUAGCGGCAGCGGUAGCAGUGGUACGGGAGGAGGCAGCAGUGGCGGGGGCGGUGGUUCUUCCUCCUCGCUAAUGGAAUGUCGCAAGGUGCAGGUACCAGUGCACGCCAUUUCGCGUGUAAUAGGGCGGGCGGGAAGCAAUAUCAAUGCCAUCCGCGCUGCCACCGGCGCUCACAUUGAGGUAGAAAAGCAGGGCAAGAGCCAGGGUGAUCGCUCCAUCACCAUCAAGGGAUCGCAAGAUGCGACCAAGCAGGCGCACUCCCUGAUCGUUACCCUCAUCAAAGAUCCCGACGUGGACAUACUGAGCAUGCUGCCAAAACAUAACUCGAGCUCAAGCAGUUCGACAGCGAAGGGAGGAUACGGAUCUGCUUCGUCGUCUGCUGCCAUUAGCGGAUCUGCGGCCGGCCAGCACGCAGCAUCUGGUGGUAUUGGGUCUUCGUCGUCGUCGUCUACCACACCGGCUCAGCAGUCACCAGUGAUCGUGCCAGCGGCCAUCAUACCAACGAAUGGUGCUGCACCGACCAUGUCUGCUAUAGUGGCAUCAGGCGGUGUGGCGGCCGCAGCAGCAGCAGCAGCGGCAGCGGCAGCAGCGGCCGCCGCAGCCGCCGCCGCAUCAAACAACAAUUCGACGGCCUCUGCCAAGGGUGCAAAGAAUGUAUUCAGCUCUUCGAACAAAGCGGCGAGCGGUAGUGCCGCCAAUGUCGUUGCUGGUGGAGCCACGGGAGCCAGUGCAGGAGCCACCACCGCUGGGCCAGUUAACACUAAAACUCCGUCCAGCCAAGGUUCCGCACCGUCAAACGCAAGCUCACGGCCGAUGGCGGCCAAGAAUCUGUUCCUAUCUUCUGCCGCAGCCGCUUCGCAGCAACAGCCGUCCCGCGGGUUGGCGGCAGCCGGCAGCAACAAUGCCGCUGUGACUAGUGGCAGUGUGCCAUAUGCCGUGGCAGCUUCCUCUGGACAGGGCAAAGAUUCCAAGCGGCAGCCGAUCACUGCACAAACAUCACAACAGCAUUCGUCUGCUGUACCAUCGGCAAACGGUGGUAGCACCGGUGCGAAGGGAUCGCUCCACCAGUCAGCAACAGGCGGCACGGGUGGUUCCGGUGCUGCAACAUCAGCUCCGUUCGGAAGUUCGGGAAUGAAGGCCAAGAACGGUAACAUCAACAACAAGGCAUCAGUUGCUUCCAGCACGGCUGUACCACAGGCUGGUGGUACAAACAUUGGUGGCAACACUGCCGGAGCGACGGCUGGUGCACCAGGAAUGGCGGCAGGAUCAUUUGCCAAACUGGUCGCAUCCGACGGUGCAAAUGCGGUGAGCAAUACUAGCCAGAAGAAGAACUUCCCCAAUGCCGGUGGCUCCAUUGGCAGUGGCUCAAAUUCCCUCGUCGGUCCGCAGGGACAGCAACAGCAGCAGCAGCAGCAAGUACAACAGCCACCAGUUGGUGUGAUUGGAGGGCGAGCUUCGGCACAAGUGCAGCAAUCGCCGGCUAAAAGUACCGGCGGAGGAGCACCCGGUUUAACACUACCAGCACCAUUUGGCAGCAGUGCUGCCAAUUCAAUCGGUGGUGGUGGAGUAUCCCCGAUUGGUUCCCACUUAAAUGCAUCCAAUUUGCAACAGUCCGCUGGAGGAAGCGUUGGAGGAGCUGCUGGGCAGCAGAAGAUAUCGACGUUUAUUCCUCCCAUCGCAACCAGCGGACCCGGGCCAACGAUUGUGGAGGCUUCCGCCGUACCGCCGAUACCACCUAUCAGCGUACCGAACACGGCCAAUCCGCUAGCAGCACCGGGCAGUGGUCGAUCGAUAACCCCGAUCGGGCAACCACCAUCCUCAUCGGCAGCGUCCUCAUCCGCACCUGCAUCCGUUUCGAUCGUUUCGUCGUCCGCAUCGUCGACGGUAACGUCGGUGACUGGGCCGAUCGGAAGCCGCAGCGUCACUACGCCAUCGCCUUUGCUGCAACAGCAAGGCUCCUCUACCACCUCGCCAACCAUUGGUAGUCAGCUGCACUCGAAGAUGCAACCCAUCGGACAGCAGCAGCAGCAGCAUCAGCUUGCUCCAUCGCCUCCACCCUCGAACGUGUAUUCGCUGUUCAAUUAUCCCUUUACCAACAGCCAGUGGGGUGUGGGCGGAAACGCGGCCACCAAUAAUGUGGCCGAUGUUGGCAAACCCCCACUGUACGGUGGCCACCAGCAUCAGCAGCAGCAUCAGCACCUGUCGCAUGGAAAUAUGCCACCCCACCAUCAUCAGCACCAGCACCACCAGCAUGCCAGUGGUGGUACAGGUAGUGGUGUGUUGGGCACCUUCAUGGAAAAUCCGCCAACGCUACAGGUUGACGCAUCAAAGGCGCCCGGAUAUCGCGGAAACACCAUCUCGUCGCCGGUUAGCUCGAAAGCCUCGAGCAAUGCUACCACACCGCCAGCCUCCAGCAUGUCCUCGCAUCAGCAUCAGCAUCAGCCCCAAACGUCUUUACACCCGGUGGUACAGCUGCCCAACGGUGGAGGUCCAAUGCAUCUCCAUCAUCAUCCGCCGCAGCCUCACUCGCACCAGCAGCAACAGUCACUAGGACUGGGGCAUAUGCUCAGUGGGGCAAAUAGCGGUAGCAACAGCACGUCGCCACUUGCUGGCCUGGGCGGUCCACAGCAACAGCCACCGUCGUCGGUGGUCGUCUCGAGGGACUCGGGUGUGGCGAACAUGGUUGGCGGGGCACACUCCGUCUCGUCGGCGUCAUCAUCCAUCCCGUCAUCUAGCUCGGGCGGGGGACAGCAUCAGCAUCAGCCAUCUGCAUCCUACCAGUCAUCCAAUGAGCCGCCAAACGUGGGCAUGAAACCGACACCGCCGCCACCAUCCAUGCACGGGGGCGGCAACAGUGCGCAGGGCAAUGGGCAAGGCGCUCCCGGCGGAGGCCUGGGCAUGCUGCGCUCGAUGAUGAAUCUUUCCUCCCACAUGCGCCAUCCCGUUGGUGGCAAUGGGCCGCCGGACUACCUGGGUGGAGGAAAUGCUGGCGGUCGCGAUCAUUCGGCCGGUCUAGGGCCGCAGCAGCAGCCACCGGUAGGAAGCUCCCGCCCGCCGCCGUCAAUGUUCGACAAUGUCGGAGGUCUUGGCGGUAGCGGUGGCGGUGGUCCACCCGAUUCACUGCAAUCUUCCUACCAGCCACAGCUUGGCCUGGGUGGCAACGGCAAUACCGGCAUGCCGCCCAUCUCCCGACUAAAUCCGAAAGCGUCCGCGUUUUCUGGUGGAAUCGGCCCGUCAGUCAUGCCGCCAUCGCAGCACCAGCCGGGCAAAAUGAACCUGUCCAACAACCAUCAGCCGUACGGUGGUGGUGGUAGUGGUAGCAAUGCGGGUGGCGCAGGCACAGGAAUGUUCCACGCCCCGCCGCCAAUCGGUAUGGGCGGUGGAAAGUAUCCGUCGAUGUCAUCGUACAGCCUGGCGCCGGGACGACCGAACAGCCAGCAGCAGCACGGUGGUGGCGGAUCCGGUGCAGGUGGCAACGGUGGACCGCCUCCGGUUGGAGGCAUGCAUCACCGCGGCGCCGCAGGAGGCGGUGGCAGCAAUUGGUUUUCGUCCGACUUGAGCCACCUGCAGCGAGACAACCUAAUGGGCAUGGAAAAUGGGCUGGCGAUGGCAUUGAAUGCGUCGGUAGCUGGCGGUUCCCCGAACAUAUCGCCGAACAACAACAACAACAACGCGCCGCAUGCCAUAAACGGCGUUGGGGGACUUGUGCCUCAGCACCAGCAACAGCAGCAGCAGCAACAACAGCAACAACAAUCGAUGAUGGAAGAUGCACGAAAGCUGCCGCGUGCCAUCGGUACCGAGCGGGCCUGGAAGUUCGGCGGAAAUGGUAACGUCGGUCUCGUUGGCAGCGGCGCUGGAGCCGGCGGAGCAAGUGCGGGCGGUGGCAACAAUGGAGCAAACAUGUACAAUGCCGGCAUGGUAACGGCAUACGUCGGGCUGGAUGGACCGGAUCUAAUGAACGGUGGAGCAUCGCCAGCGGCAAUGGCGGCGGCGGCGGCGGCAGCAGCGGCUGCUGCAUCCGGCAAUCAACCGUGGAUGAGCAUGGAUAAGAAUCAGUUCAUGGGCAGCGGUAGUGGACUGGGCGGAUCGCAGCAGCAGCAGCAUCAGCAGCAGCAACCGCCCCUUCCCUGGCUAACGGCGGCGGGAAUGAACAGGCAGUACAUGGACGACAUUCAUCUACCGGAUCAUUUCCAGCAGCUUCAAAUGGAUUACCAUGGUAACAUUGGUGGUUCUGGACCCAGCGGGCCGAACCCACCUAACAUGAACUUCAUGCAGUAUCCGUUCACACCAUCCAACGAUAUGGCGGGAGCGGCAGAGCUGCGACCACCAUGGGAACAUGAGAAGCACGGCGGCUGGUCGCAAAAAUGGUCCGGACACUAGAUGGAAGCGCGAAUGACCGGCUGGCGUCUGGCGGCUGACCAUGUGACGAGGCUAGUUGAGAUGUCGAAAAUCAGUUGUAAUAAUAUACAAUACCAUAACUACCACUUGCUUCAACCAACUGCAGCAAUUAGAAAAGGGAAUAGAAAGAAUAAGUGGGUGAAGGAAAGUCAUAGAAAACCAGCUAGUAGAGUGUAUCAAGUUUUUGGUAAGUUUGCCUCUCGCACUGCGCGGUGUUGAUAGUUGAUUCUGCCCAUAUUCUCCAUUGCGUGCGCUUGCCUGUCUCAAAGAUGGGAUGGGGUGGUAUUGAUUCAUCGAUACAACAAUCACAACUCCACAACCACACACAACACACACACACAUAACACACACUAUCCUCUGGUCAGGGAGCCCGUUCGCAUGCCUGCGGUUAUAUAUGUUACAACUAGAGUGUCAAUGCUGCUAAACAGAUGUUUCAAAUCGCUAGUACUGCUGACGUUAACACGUAUAAUCAUACAAUUCCUCUAUAAAUCAGUAAAGCAAAUCGCGCAUCAGAUCGCGCACACAAAUAUGAAGUAGUACUGAGGGACAGCAACUGCUGCACUCAAGGGUAUGCCCCAAAACAACACCGAUUAUUAGUUUUCAGUCGUUUUUGAAUGUACGCUUAUUAUGGUACAGUUUAUAGCGAAGCAACACACUAAUGUUCAUUUACAGUGUAUAGGUAAACGACACUAUGUGCACCAUCUCGUUCUCGGUAAUGGAAUAUAAGAAUAUAUGUCAAGAUUGUACUUUUGUGCCUAGUUUUGUUUUUGUAUUUGGUUUCUUUCUUACACCCGAUGUCACUUCAGAGAGGAGGGGAUCAUCGCUCUGAGCAUGCCGAAACGAACGCUAUGAGAGAUAGUGACCGAAUUGACAAAAGAAAGAUUUACCGCUCGCGGGACACUUUACGGUGUAGAGGAGCUCUUUAUACAUACACACCAUAAUUUUUGAGUAACAAUGUUUACAUACAAAGAGUGUUCGAUCACCUUGAGCAGUGCAACAACGACACUACCGUGCAAUCCCUCAAACAGAAGCAACACCAGAAUGUGGUCUAAUCGAACGGUUCAGUUUGGAGGCUAGUGCCGUUAAUCCGUGACGCAACAUAGGGCCAUUAUCGAGCCACACAAAGUCUAACGUAUAGUAUAAAAAGGAUAAACAUACCACUACUAUAACACCUACUAGAGUAAUAUCUACUUCUACUCCGUUACUACUAUCCACUUAUAAGCUACUCUUUGGAUGAUGCUAACCGCAACUAAACACACGCAUAUGAAAUUAACAUGCAAAUGCUUCACAGAAAGGAAAAAACAAACAGUAAUUCACUCACUCACCACUCAAACACUUAAAACCAUACGCUGCUGCUACCCAAGCUUAAUGAAAAAUUAUUGACUGGUAAUGGAUGUGGAAGCUUAACUAAUAAUAGAACAAACAAAAAACACGGAACUAACGACUACCGGGUUCUUCCGCGCCCGAGUGUUGAUGGGUGGUGGAUCAACGUAGUUUUGAAUAUCUAUUGUGCAUUCAAAUACGAAGGGCAGGUUUGAAUUUUAGGAUUUAGCGUUUAGAUAAAGCAAAAUCUACUCAACCAACCAAUAGUUUGUUCUUUCUCCCUAUGCGCUACACGCGAUCGAUAAUGGCGGAGAUCAUCGAGCGCGCGGCACCCAUCGGUAAUUGGAUUAGUUUAGUAAAAAAAACUAACGUAGAACAUAGUGAGACAAUUUGGCGUAGAAGAAUUGACUUAAAAACAGUAAAGUACUAACGUUUAGCCAGGGUGCUUGAAGUGGAAAAAAGAGUGGACGGACGGCUUAGAAAAACACAAUUUACAAAGCACAGUAUGUUAAGCCCGGCAGGAAAACUAAAAAAACUGAAUGAGUGAAAACUGUUGGAACAUUUAUAACGCAUAACAACACGUACAUUAGAUUCGCUCGGAAAAUACAGAAAAUUCUAUUCUUUAUCCUCGGCAGUGCAGAGAGGCAGCAUGCUUUCUUUUUAACCCCAACUAUCGGCACGGACAGAAAGGAGAAGAAAAGGGACAAAAAGUGUUUCUCCCCCCAAACUUUAAAAUCACGCGCCAUCAAUUUGUUUUUAAGACGCUUUUUCACUAGAAUCAAACCAGUGUUUCGCCGUUUGGCGAGAAAGGGCAUAUAAAAAGGGCAAAACGGGAGGGAGAACUAUCACCACUACUAUCGGCAAGCGGACGUAAUUUCAGAGUAGAUUGAAUAACGUGGCGUAGCAUCAUAGCCGUAGAACUUCAGAACAGUGGAAACAAACAGAAAGGAUCUGCAGCCAAACAACAAACAGUGCUUUACCGGUCUUUUGCGACACAACACGACCCAACCAUGAUAUGGAAUAAAACUCUAUAAUGUGCAUUUACAGUAAGACGACAAAUGCUGCGACAACUACUACUGCUUAAGCUGUGCUAUGCUGGGCAGAUAGAUUAAGCAACACACUCUGAGGGAUGAAUUGGAUGAGCGCUCCUCCCCCCUGCGCACCCUGAACACUCUGUUUUCAAUUGGGCCUUGAAGACGGAGAGGAAAGCUCGGGCGGGGAGUAGUAAGAAAUAUGCCAAAAUCAUCUAUAUUUCUUCGCUUUUCGUAAAUGGCAGUGGUUGAAAUUUCGUAUCGAAUACGAACAACAGCAACCCAAAACGAUGAACGCUUAGUAAACGAUGCUAGAGCACUAACAUAGAUUGCAAAAAAAAAAUGCAUUGCUGCAAGUAUAAUGUGUGUGAGCAUAAUAUAGUAUGUUUAACAAACGAUCAUGCAUACAUUAUUUUGCUAUACGUUUUAUUUUUCAAUUGCAAUGCAGAAGAGACGAGCUCGUCUCCUCUAUUGCAAACGCAGAGGGAAUGGAAAGGAGGUGAGCCGAACCGAGCGCAAGUCAUUUCUGCAACGCAGGCACACACACACAUAGUCGUGUAUUGCACAUUACGAUAUAAGUAAGAAAAUGUAAACCGAUCGAAGAGUGAAAAGAGAAUAUCCACUGGAUGAUUUCAAGCGAUACGACGACGCCCGCCACAACAUGCUGCUGCGAGCCACAUACAGGCAGAGACGAAAAGAGAAAAUGCAAGAUAGAAAGAGAAGGAGAGAGAGAGAGAGAGAGAGAGAGAGAGAGAGAGAAAGUAAGACAGCCCAUAGGGCGUCAAUGAAACAGUAAGGAGUAAAGUGAAAGGUAUGUUAGAAGGAGGAAGAAUAGUUCAAGCGCAUUGAGUUAUAAAUGACGAUGGUUAUCUACUAACUACCAACUAUAUGGA